AUGGAUUCAAUAAUAUAUAAAGAAUUAACCAACGAGUAUGAAAUAUUAUAUUUGAUAUAUUAUAGAUCUAAAAAUCAACACCGUUCACAAAAGUGGUUCAAAUUUUUAAAUAUAAUAAUACGAAAAUUGAGAAAGAUGCUUAAAUUACAAAUUGAUAUAAAUAGAUUACAAGAAACAAUGACGAAAAGAGUAGAAUAUAAAUCAAAGCAAAUUGUUAGCUUAGCUAAUCAUUUAGAAUCUCAAAUUUUCACAGAUGCUUAUUGGUCAUUUAAUUCUAUACUUGCAUUGGGCCAAUUCAUAACUUUGGGAUUUGCUUUAAUUGGUGCAUUAGCUAAAAUUAAUGAAUUAUUGAUUAAAAUACCCGGUGUGAAACAAAAGAAACAAUGGUUGAAUAUUCCAGGACCUCAAAUGCUUCAAUCAAGAGAGAUGCAUAGAGAUUGCAGACGUGAUAUAUGUCUAGCUGAUGAUUUGGGUGAAGAAGUGCUGGAUGAUUAUGAUUCAAAAGAAGAUUUGAGACUGAUUGCUAGUUUGCGUCCGAAGCCAGUAUUUGACAAACCAGAGUCAAGAUCUGAAACACUGACUUUACUUGAGAAACCAGAAUCAAAAUCAAGAUCGACUACACCAAGUUCAUUGGAGAAACCAGAUGUGGCUAAAGAAGACAAAGAGGUGGAAAACGAGAAGGAAAACGAGAAUGAAGCUGAGAUCGAGGUUGAGAAGAAGAAAAGAAGAAUGGAUACUAUUGAUGAUAUAUUUGGAGAACCAAGUAAGAAGAAGAAGAAGAAGAAGAAAAGAACAAGCACUAUCGAUGACAUAUUUGAAGACUCAAGUAAAAAAGAGAAGAAAAAGGACAGAGAAAAGGUUAAAAUAAAAGUUAAUAUUAAGGAGAUGGAGUUGCAAAAAGAAUUGGAGAAAGAAUUAGAUUUGCAAAAUGAAAAAGAACAAGAACAAGAACAAGAAAAGGACAAGGAGCAAGAGAACAAACAAGAGAAGGAAACAGAAGUAAAGAGUAUUAAGGAGAAAGCAAAGGAUAAAGAUAAGGAAAAGAGUGUCAAGAAGAAAAGAAAGAACAGUCCAUUGAUGCUAUGA